AUGUGGGCAGGCAGGCAUAAGGGGGUUAAUGCUAGAGUAAAGAGAACCUCUAGGCUUAGAUUCGGGUGUUGGAAUGUAGGCACCCUUAAGGGAAAGUUUUUAGAGCUAGGUAAUGCUCUGACUAGAUAUAAGGUUGAUGUUGGUGAGAUUGGUGAUACAAGAGGACACAAUAAACGUGAUCAGCGCGUAUGCUCCCAGUCGGGCCAGGGAGCAGGAGAGAAAAAGAAUUUUUGGGACUCAUUGGAUGAGCUUGUGGGGAGUUGCCCUGUUGACCAACGACUAGUGUUAGGAGGAGACUUAAACGGGCAUAUAGGAGCAGAGUCAGACGGCUACGCGGGUGUACACGGGGGAUUAGGGUUUGGAGUAAGGAACGAUGAGGGUUGCUCGAUUUUGGAGUUUGCUAUUGCGCACGAUCUGGUUAUUGCGAACUCUUUUUUCCGAAAGAGGGAUUCUCAGCUGAUUACCUUUCAGAGUGGCCUAAAUAAAACUCAAAUCGACUACUUCUUGGUGCGUAGAGGCGACUUUAGGGCUUGCAAAGAUUGCAAGGUACUCCCGAGAGAGGCGGGCUACUCCCAACAUAGACUGUUGGUAAUAGAUUUGCUCCUGAGUAGAAGAGCAACGAAGACAGAGAAGGCUGUAAAGCCAAGAAUCCUCUGGAAAAAACUGAGGGGUGAAGCAGCAGAGACGUUUAGGUUGACGACUAUCUCGAGGUUCACAAAGGAGAUAAGAGACGGUUCGCACAUGGAAGCUGACGAGUUGUGGACACUCUUGGCAGAGGGUAUGAGGGAGACGGCAAAGGAGGUACUAGGAGUAACUAGAGAAACUGAACGACAACGGAGAGUGGGUAGGGAAUCUUGGUGGAUUAGUGAAGAGGUCCAGUCCAAGGUCGCGGCAAAACUUAGUUGCUUUAAGGAUCUUGUCAAAAGCCGCCAGAACGGGACAAAUGAAGACUGGUCUUUGGCUAGGCAGAGGUACUACGAAGCCAAGAAAGAAGCAAAGAGGACUGUCGCUAUAGCAAAAGAAAGAGCGUACGAAGAACUGUACAGGAAACUAGAUUCCAAAGAAGGCGAAAAUGAAAUCUUCAGAAUCGCUAAAGCAAGGGAGAAAAGACGUAGGGAUUUAGGAGAUGUCAUUUAUAUAAAAGACGAAAAUGGACGGAGCAUAGUGAAGGAGGGAGACAUUAGGAAAAGAUGGGAAUAG